AGGCGAGGGGGGGUGAUGCGAACGGGAUGGAACAGCCAUCCCUUCUGGGCCCUGGCUGCUGUUGGCUUGGCGACGUGUUCGGUUUUCGCUGCGGCUAAAAGAACAGUACUGCGGAUAUUCGUUCGCGUUUUUGUGGCAAAUGACGCACAAUAGCUUGGCGUUGCAGUAGCUGCGUGUGAAGAAGACGACACUGCUAUUGUGGAAGAAGCAGCGGUGGACAGCGUUCGUCGUCUGCAAAGCGGGAAGCAGACGAGAAUAUUUGUUGCUAAGUGCCCCUCUCUGCUGCCGAUGAGCGGAGCGGUGGGGAGAGCGCGCGGCUCUCGGAUCGGCUCGCCGCGCCCUCGAGCGGCAAUCGCGCGAGACUCGGCCAACAGAACGUCAUGACGAUCCGGCGCGCUCAGUCGCAGUAUGUUGGCGCUCGAUGACCGUCGCUGCUGAGGCGCCGCCAUGGAUGCCCCGUCGUUGUCGUCGCCUUCGUUACCGGCGUGUACGCCGCACCUGAAGCGAGUGCUCAAGAGCUAUCAGGCUGCCGCCAUGUCCAGUCUCCAUGGGCCCCCUCCCAACAGUUUCAUGGCGGACUCCGCUUCUCCGCCGCGCAAGACUCCCGACAAGUCCGUCGCCGGCAGCACGGACCCGGACUCCGACGACCCAUUUCUGGCUCCGCCGCCGUUCCCUAUUCAACAACCUCCACUGUUCACACCGCCCGAUCAGUCUUGCUGCGACAGAUCGGAGACCAUCUUAGAGUCUCACACGAUAUCGUGCUUCUGCGUGGGCGGCGAACGGCGACUGUGUCUGCCGCAGAUCCUGACCACGGUGCUCCGAGACUUCACCCUGCAACAGAUCAACGGUGUCUGUGACGAUCUGCAGAUUUUCUGCUCGCGCUGCAACGCUGAACAACUGGAAGUGCUCAAAGUCAGCCGCGUGUUGCCGUCGUGUGCGCCCAGCUGCGGCCUCAUCACGAAGACGGACGCGGAACGCCUGUGCGCCGAGCUCCUUCACUCGAGCGGCGACGCGGUGGACGAAGCCGUACUCGGCACCUUCCAGGUUCCCGUCUACCACGAGUGUUUCGGCGGCACGCACGGCGACCUUUUCCCGGACGCUUAUACGGAGUCCGAUGCCGCUUGUGUUCGCUGUGGAGAGUGUUCGGCCAUGUUUUCACCACGCCGGUUUGUGUGCCACGCUCACAGGGGACGCGAAAACAGGACUUGCCACUGGGGAUUUGACUCUGCAAAUUGGAGGGCCUAUGUGCUUCUCGAUGAAGAGCAAGUUCGUGGGCAGGACGUCGCCCGGCUGACGCGGGCCCUCGACGACGUCAAGGCCAAGUUUGCUAGCGACGGCAAGCGGAAACAGAAUCCGCCACUGGUCGAGGGCGCAAAGAAGAAAAUUCGCGCGGAGGAUGAGGUGCGCCUGACUGCCAUGAUGCACCCGUACAUGGCCUUUGGCCUGGACCCAGCCCUCUGGUACCAGUCCCAGGUGGCUAGAGCCUCGGCCUUCAAGCCAUGGAAUCCUGCCCUGCUCAAGGACCGAAAGCUACCGCCUCACCUGUCCGCUGCACUUCCUCAGAAUAUACCGGUGUAUCUGAAAAACAGUGUGCCCUAUCCCAUGUUCACCUACGUGUCCGGCGAGGUGCCCGCCGAACUUCACAAGGUGACCGGCGUGAAGCCGGAUCCCGAGAGGCAGAGUCAGCCAUGUACGCCACUGCUGGUGACGCUACCAAAGCAUCACAAGAAACGACUGCAGUUGGAAGGGGAGUUGAAAGCCGAGGUCACGGAAAAGACGUCCAGCGGACGACUGUCCAUUGACGGCGAGGAGACCAUGUCGAGCAGCAGCCUGAGCACGUUGUCGGGUAUGGAAGAAGCGAGCAUGCCAGAAGACGAUAGCGAGAGCAUAGAGUUGAGAGGCCUGUACACGGUUCUUGAAAGGCACUCCGUGGACGAAAAGGCCAAGCAAGACAUCCUGCAGGAAGUACAGCACAUCAUCUUGGAGUGCCGUAAAAGGUUUUCCGAAGCAUCAACAUUUUAUCAUCCUCCUGCACUUAAAGACAUGUACGCACUUCCUUCGAAAGCCCUGCGCAGCCAGUGCGACACCCCGCCCACCAGGGCGACACCGAGCAAGCUGCUUCAUCCGCUUCAGGUCCACUUGCCAAAGGACGUGAAAAGUGUUGUUGUUGUUGACAAAGACGUUGUACCCGAAGACAAAGACUUGGCAGGCUACAGCCUCUGCAACAACAAGGAGCUGUCAAACCACAACAUGCCCAGGCCACUCAUCGAAAAGAAGGUGCUAGUUGCUGCCUAAGCUUUGCGGCACAAUUUGCGCAUCCGUCUGACCUCCUCUCUCUCUCUCUCUCUCUCCACCCUGUACUCUCUCGUUCUCCGCGAGAGCUUUCGUCACCUCCAUGCCUCAGCAAGGGCCUGUUUUGUUGUCCGUAUCUGUACUGCAUUAACAUCCGUUGCCAACAGAAUGCCGGCGUAAGGCCGGCAUAAGAUUCCGCCAUUAAAUGGUUCAAACAUCUCUCUCCCCGGCAGAACCUGCCGUUGUUUAACCGCGUGCGACUAAACUUUCGCAACAGUUUGUUUUUCCGUGCAGAUCAAAAAUGUACACGUACACAAACGCGAGCACACGCGGAGGUACCCGCAUACAUAUUAUUGCACAGCCUUUGGAGGCCACCGAGCCAAGUGACAGAUGUUCCGCUUCUAAGACGUGUAAUAUAACGCACGAAAAAGAAAGAAAGAAA